AUGGAACCUAAACGCCAGAAAUUGUGUUCAUCAGAAAUCAGUAACGUGAAACCGGAGGUAGACAUGCUUCAACCGGAACAAGUUGGCAUUACUACUUUUGUGCAGCCACUGGUCAAAGGUUUUGAAGCGGUGUUAAAAAAUAGAUGGGAAGAUUUUAUCGUUCGUGAAUUCAGAGGUCAUACAUAUGCUAGAUUAACGAAUUUAGCACCGAUUCCGGAUCCUGCUCCUAAAAUUGUGGAUUUUAAUGUGGAGGCGAAACUUGAUAACUACUUGACUGAUUUACACAGUCUAGACCAUGGUGAUAUUGAAAUACUGAAAAUCAAAGCUCCCGAUAUUAAGACAGAGAGAACACAAAUUCAUAAGGCGAUAAGUACAUUGUUCCCGUCUUUAGAAAGCACUACAGUGAAGGAAAACAAUGAGAAUGUAAUUGUUGUAUGCAAAAAAACCCACCCUAAUGCUAAAGGUUCACGCAGACCCAGAGGGAAAGCUACUGGCAUGGCUAAAAGUACACCAUAUUGUCACUUUGUACUGUACAAAGAGGGUAAAGAUACACUUAGUGCUGUUCAACUACUCAGUCGUUUCCUUCAUGUUGGACCCAGUGUGUUUUCAUAUGCUGGUACCAAGGAUCGUCGAGCAAUUACUACACAAUUUGUUACAGUGAAAGGCGUCAAUUCAAAAACUUUAUCUUCAUUGAAUACACGACUUCAUGGAUUGCGUGUAGGCGAUUUUUCAUAUGUUUCUUCUCCUCUUUUCUUGGGAGAUUUAGACGGUAAUCAGUUCGUCAUUGUGUUAAGGUCAGUGUGUGCACCUGAAUCUGUUGUUGAAACGGCAGUUGAAGCUUGGAAGUCUACUGGCUUUUUGAAUUACUAUGGUCUUCAGCGAUUUGGACAUUCUUCAGACUCGAGAAGUUUCGAGAUUGGAAAAUAUCUCAUUCGUUCUGAUUGGGCCAACGCUAUCGAUCUAAUUUUGAAACCAACAUCCGCAGAUCUACCGUUUCUUCGAGAAAUUAAAGAGAGAUAUUUUAAAUUUGGUGAUGCAAACAGUUGUGCUGAAGAAUGCCCAAUGAGUAUAGAGAAAACUUUAUUAUUAGGUGUUGCAAAAUAUGGGAAAACUUUAAAUGCUAUACAAAUGCUUCCUCGAAAUCUUCGUCACCUCUAUGUCCAUAGUUACCAAUCUUUCUUAUGGAAUCAUGUAGCUAGUCGACGUAUGACCCAACAGGAUCCAAAUGAUUUCUAUGCCAAACCUGGUGAUCUUUAUUAUGGUACAGAGAAUGUGACAGUUUCAGAUGACUGUGAAAAUGAAGAUAUUAUCUUUGAUAAUUCAAUAUUAGAAACUAAUGAAACUAUGGUAAUAUCAACAAAUUCUAUUUUAUCAUCAAAGAAAACACCAUCCCUUAUUCAUCCAUUAGUGGUUGGUGAAAAUGAAAUUAGAAAAAUACCAUUAAAGUAUGUUGUACUUCCUGUUCCUGGUUAUGCUAUACAUUAUCCUAAAAAUCAAACUGCUGAUUGGUAUAUUGAACUAUUGAAGGCGGAUGAUUUGUCAGUCGAAGAUUUUAAUCAUUCAGUUAAAGAUUUUGCACUACCUGGUUCUUAUCGACAGUUAAUUGUUGUCCCAACAAAUGUUGAAUAUGAAUUUCAUGAAUAUUUAGAUCCUAAUUUACCUGUAACACAACACAAUGGUAUCUGCAUAAAUAAAGAUGAAAAACAUCAGGCUAUUGUACUAACCUUCAAUUUACCUAAAUCCAGUUAUGCUACUAUGGCAAUACGAGAAAUUACCAAAACAAUUACAGAGAAAAAAUGA